UUUUUUACCUGUGAAGUGCGCUGAUUUCCGCAGAUUUCCGUGUUUCAUGAAAUACAAUAUUGCUUCAAUACGACUAAUAAUAUAACAUAUAAAUAUACGUAGUUUACAAAGUUGUAUAAAAUGCGAUACUAGUAAUAAUGUAUUCCAAAAAAUAAGGCAAUAUUAAGUAGUUACUGUUAACCACAGGGAAACAGGAAGCAUGGAGAAUAAUUUAAGCCGUAGUGGGAGCCACUCGAGCUCCGUUUGCGAGUUAGAGAAAGAUCCUAGUGAUAUUGAAAUUCUAAAAUCUAGGACGAAUCGACGCAACGUAAUGAUCCGGUCACAACCUGCACGGAAAGCGAAACGAAUUAGGUUUUUCAGAAAUGGUGAUAAAUUUUAUUCAGGAGUAAUAAUUCCAGUCUUGCCAGAGAGAUACAGAUCUUUUGACAGUUUAACUGCAGAUUUAACAAGAGUUUUAGUUGAUAAUGUGACAUUGCCGAGCGGUGUUAGAACAAUAUACUCUCUAGAAGGUAGAAAAAUAGGAAAGCUUGAUGAUCUUGAAGAUGGGCAGUCAUAUGUGUGUAGCGGUUUUGGAGAACCUUUUAAGAAAUUGGAUUAUGAAGCUAGUGCAGUCACACCACAGUCCUUUAGAUUAAGCGGUCCCGAGUCACUGAGUGAUAGUUCAAGUCCUGCCCCUGCUAGAGCUAAUAAUCGUAUUUCCCGCUACUUGCAGACAAAUGGCAGUAAUUCAACAGGCAAUGGUUCACCAAGAGUAAGUCCUGCUGGUGAUAAUGUAGUCAGGCCACAUAUAGUUACUAUUAUUAGAAAUGGAGUAAAACCUCGCAAGGUAUGCAGGUUGCUAUUGAAUAAACGCAAUAGUCCAACUCUAGAGCAUGCUUUAGCGGCUAUUACAGAUUGCAUAAAAUUAGACACAGGAUGUGUCCGGAAAGUGUUCACUCAGUCUGGCACUCCUGUCACCGCUUUGAAUCAGUUUUUUGAAGAGGAAGAUGUAUUUUUUGCUUAUGGCAAUGAAAGAGUAAACCAGGAAGACUUCGAACUCGAAUUUGAGGAAAGCAAGGCUGUUUUGCAAUGUAGAAAAAUUAAAUAUAAUCCAGUCACUCGAAAUACAAGGAAUGGUCCUAAGCCUCGUAUGCCAGUGAAGGCCAGUGGAGCCCGGGCAGAAGCUGCCGCCGUGGCGGCCGGUGCUGGUGACGGAGAAGCCGCUCUCGCCCUGGCCGCACUUUUACCACAUCCUUUGAGACUCAAGUACAACGUCGGCAAGAUUAUAGGUGAUGGCAACUUUGCUGUUGUACGGAUAUGUAAAGACAAAACAACUGGCAAAGAGUAUGCUCUUAAAGUCAUUGAUAAAGCAAAAUGUAAAGGGAAAGAACAUUAUGUUGAAGCGGAGGUGCGUGUCAUGAGAAAACUGUGUCAUCCUCGCAUCGUUUCCCUUAUUGAAGAUCAAGAUAGCCCGGAAUGGCUAUUUCUCAUUAUGGAACUUGUCAGCGGUGGUGAUCUAUUUGAUAGUAUUGCAGUAGCUUCAAAGUUUUCCGAGCCUCAAGCCCGUUUGCUGAUAGGUCACCUAACCUCAGCUAUAGCGUACCUACACUCACUAUCCAUCGUACAUAGAGACAUCAAGCCUGAGAAUUUAUUGGUGGAGGUAGGUCAAGAUGGGAGUAUACGUGGUCUAAAGCUGGCUGACUUCGGGCUAGCAGUUGAAGUGUGGCGGCCGCUUCACGCUGUCUGCGGAACACCUACAUACGUCGCGCCCGAGAUCCUACUGGAGACUGGAUAUGGGCUUAAGAUCGACGUGUGGGCGGCGGGUGUUAUACUGUAUAUACUAUUGUGUGGCUUCCCGCCAUUCUCAUCGCCGGACGGUGAUCAAGAAAAGUUGUUUGACGCCAUCUUGUCCGCACGGCUGGAGUUCCCCGCACCGCACUGGGAGCGAGUCUCGGCCGGGGCUAUAGACCUCGUCGCCAACAUGCUACGACCACAACCAGAACUACGCUUUGCCGCUGAGGACGUACUUGACCACGCUUGGAUGUCGGAUGACUAUGAUGAAAUGUGCGACUUUCGUACAUGGUACGACGAGGACUCCUCAUAGCCUUCCCACACAUAAGCUUCACGACGACUCAGCGGCAGGCGCUAUUAUCGCUACUGAGUACUGCGUCCGCGCUCUAGCUAUGCCUUCAUAUUGACACCAAUACCAAAGUUAUUCCAUAAUAUGUAAUAUAAAUAUAAAUACUGCACAUGUGUUCAACUUUUUAAAAAAAAAAUAACUAUUUUCGAUCAAAUUAAAGUUGCAGUAUCAUUGUUGAUGUUCCGGUUUUUAUACAGACGUCCCGACGUAGAUAUGUUAAUCAUCAAAUGAAUUAUCUAUUUAUUUUUCAUUACUUAUUAUUUUGUUAAGAUUUAGCCUUAAUUAGUAUUUAUUUGGCUGUAAAAUCAGUUCUUAUUUAGUAUUAUUUAGGAUAAUAUUUGAUUGGCAGACAAAUUUCAUUGCAUUUAAAUUAUAAAUCAUUGAUUAUUCUUUACUAUCCAAGAACGAUCUCCAAUAUUGCAUUCUAAGGCUCUAUAUAUUUAUAUCUUUAUAAAUAACAUUCAGUAUACAUAUUUGUAGAAUUGGUAGGUUUUAUAUAAUUUCCCUCAUGUCCUGUCGAUAGCAGGACUAAAUUAUGAAAUUAUAUUGAAAUCUAUCAGAAACUCAAUAUUUAAGUUACUAAUUUAAUUAAGUCUAUUAUAAUCUAGCUUUGGCUUUUCCAUAGGUGCAUUUAUUUAUUUACCAGAAAUCACUUAGCAAUUAUAAAUAAUUUAUUAAAAAAUGAAAAAAAAAAUGAAUUCAAAAAAUAUGUAUGCAUGUUUUAAACACAAAUAUGUAGUUAUUUUUGCCAUUUAACUUUUUAGGCACAAGUAAGUUAUGUUCAAUGUAUUUUUUUUAUUGUUAUUUGGUACCUGCAUAGAACUAUUACUAUUGUGCCAAAUUCAUUUCAUGUCACAGAUUAGUUUUCCUCAGAUGGUAAAUAAUUUCUUGCUAUUGAAAUGUAUCACAGAUAACAUAAUUAGACUGAAACACAUUCCUUUAUUCUUUUAAAUAUUCUCAUACAUACAACAUUAUAACCACACAUGUAUCUUUGUAGUGUUCCAAUCCAAUGUGGCCAAAUGCAAUAUUUGAGUUGUCAAAAUAUUCUCACUACCUUGUGUUUAAUAAAGCGAUAUGAAGAUUUAUUUGCUUACAAAAUAAAUUAUUUAUUUUAAAAUAUGCUGAA